AUGAAUCCCGCAGCCCGAGAAAACUCCCGGUGGCAACCACAGCGUAUCGCAACUCUAAUCCUCCACCAAUGGCUCCUCCUCGGGAUUGGGGUCGUGUGCACCCUGGCAUAUUUUUUCCCACACGUGGCUAAGCCCGGCGGUAUCAUCCGCUCCGAGUACAGUAUCAUGUAUGGUGGGAUCGCGAUAGUCUUCUUAAUCUCCGGCCUGAGCAUCCCGCGACAGAAGCUCUUCGCACAGUGUCUGAACUGGCGGCUGCACCUGAUUGUACAGGUGAUUUCGUUUCUGUUCAUUCCCGCACUGGUACUUGCCGUGGUACAUAUUAUCCUUGCUGCGGAUCCCGGGGGGAAGAUUGAUCGGGCGGUGCUGGCGGGGUAUAUCUUUACUGCGUGUAUCCCGACGACGAUCGCCUCGAAUGUGGUUAUGACGAGGGCUGCGGGUGGGGAUGAGGCGGCUGCUUUGGUGGAGGUUUUGUUGGCGAAUAUUCUUGGCCCGUUUGUUACGGCCGCGUGGACUGUGGCGCUGAUGCCGAAGAUGGCCGAGUUUGAUCCAUGGCGGUAUGGGGGUGGGAGUUUGGGGAGUAUGUAUAAGGAUGUUUUUCAACAGCUUGGGCUUAGUGUGCUGUUGCCGCUUUUUAUUGGGCAGCUGGUUAGGUGGACUUGGCCUGAUCGCACGGCGAGGGUGUUGCAGAAGACUAAGCUGGCGAAGUUGUCUUCCUUCUGCUUGUUGUUGUUGAUUUGGGCGACCUUUUCUUCGUGCUUUGCCACAGGCGCCCUUCAGACUCUUUCUGCGCAGAGCGUGAUCUUUGUGGUUCUGUUCAACAUUUGGCUCUACGUCACCUUAACGGUAGUAUGUUUCUUCUGCUCUAGACCCCCACGAAGUUUUGGUUCUCGGCGCUGGUCUAGGCAUAUGUUCAAACACAUGUCUCCAGAGGAGACUAUUGCAAUAUGUUUCUGUGGGCCAGCGAAGAGCACCGCAUUAGGAAUCCCAUUGCUCUAUGCCAUGUGGCAACCGAUCGACCUCUUCAUUAAGGCGAAGACAUCGGUGCCCGUGCUGCUUUAUACCACCGAACAGAUCUGUGUAGCUCAUUUCUUUGUUCAGUUGUUUCGGAGAUGGCAUGCUCGAAUCAUCGAGAAAGAGAAUCUAGAGGAUAGUGGGCGGGAUGAUGUUGAGGUUGGUAUGACUGAGACUCCACGUGGGGAUCACACUGGACGUCAUGAAGUUACGACUAUUUGA